AUGAAGGCAAACAUAUGGAUUGCUGCAACAAUAACACUCCUAUCACUGACCGCCGUUAAUGGAGCUCAGCAGCAUGAGAAUUUGGUGAUAAGGAGUCAGGAAGAUUUUGAAUUGGCCUUCAAAAGAACCCAGAAAUUGGUGGCUGUAAACGAUGUCUUCCAAGUAAGACCACAGGUGUUUGCAAUGGGUCCAGGAGAUGGUGAUAACGACUCAGACGACGAAUGUCCACCAUGUUUCAACUGUAACUUGCCCAACUUUGAGUGCACGCAGUUCUCUCAAUGUAACACUUUCACGGGCAUGUGUGAGUGUCGUGACGGAUACGGGGGCAUGGACUGUUCUGAGCCGUUGUGUGGUUCAUUGACGGACGGCAACAGUAAGCGUCCCGUGAGAGGGAACGAUACCUGUGACUGUAAGGAAGGCUGGGGAGGCAUCAAUUGUAACAUGUGUACCACUGACAGGGCGUGUGACCCUUUCAUGCCUGAAGGACUUAAGGGCACGUGCUACAAGUCUGGUAUCAUCGUCAAGAAGUUCCACCAGAUGUGUGAUGUCACCAAUAAGAAAAUCAUUAGCAUCUUGAACGGCAAGAAGCCUCAGGCAACGUUCAGUUGUAAUGCCACGGCCGAGAUGUGUGACUUCCAGUUCUGGAUAGCCGAGGAAGAAUCUUUCUACUGUGAAUUGGGUGGGUGUAAGUUGGACUACGACUUGAAUGCCAACACCACCCAUUACAACUGUGAGACGGUCAAAUGUAAGUGUUUGCCCGAUAAGAUGCUCUGUGGGCAAAAGGGGUCCAUUGAUAUCUCUGACUUCUUAACUGAAACUAUCAAAGGUCCAGGUGACUUCACAUGUGAUGUUAAUGCCAAAUCUUGUCGCUUUUCUGAACCCAGUAUGAACCAAUUGAUUCAAUCUGUGUUUGGAGACCCUUACAUCACUUUGCAUUGUAAUUCUGGGGAAUGUAUCCAUAAGUCCGAGAUCCCAGGUUAUACACUUCCACCUAAACCAAGAUUCACCUUGAGUAACAUGUUGUUAAUUGGUGGGUUUGGAUUUUUAUGUGCCAUCCUUGUUGUGACUUCCAUAUAUAACAUUGGGAAAUCUCCUUUAUUCCGUUCAACCGACCAUUUCGAUUGCCUUGAAAGCGAACUACAUGCUAUGAAUGAGAACUUCACUCCAGCCACCUUGGCCUUCAAGAAUGUCUCGUACAAGGUUUCCAAAAAGGGCAACCAUCAACAGAUACUAUCGAAUAUUUUUGGUAUAGUGCAACCCGGUGAAUCAUUGGCUAUCAUGGGAGGGUCAGGUGCCGGGAAGACUACUCUUUUAGACAUUUUAGCAGGCAAGUUUAAAGCUGGACAAAUAACUGGUGAUAUUUAUGUUAAUGGGACUCAUAUACUGCCAAAGGAUUAUAAGAAGAUUAUUGGGUUUGUGGACCAAGAAGACCAUUUGAUACCUACAUUGACGGUGUAUGAGACAGUUUUAAACAGUGCCUUGUUAAGAUUACCUAGAGAUAUGAGUCUUCGGGCCAAAGAAGCACGUGUCAUUGAAGUACUUAAUGAGUUACGCAUAUUUCACAUUAAGGACCGGGUGAUUGGAUCUGAUUUUGAAAGAGGAAUUUCUGGAGGAGAAAAGAGAAGGGUUUCUAUUGCUUGUGAGUUGGUUACUUCUCCAUCUAUACUUUUCCUCGACGAACCUACAUCUGGCUUAGAUGCUUAUAACGCUAGAAACGUUGUGGAUGUGUUGGUGAAGUUAGCAAGAGACUUUAACCGUACUAUUGUUUUCACCAUUCACCAACCAAGAAGUAAUAUUGUUUCACUCUUUGAUAAUUUGGUUCUUUUAAAUGAAGGUGACUUGGUUUAUUCUGGUGCAAUGAUUGCAUGUAAUGAUUUCUUUGCUUCCAACGGGUACAAAUGUCCAGUGGGUUAUAACAUUGCUGAUUAUUUAAUCGAUGUGACGGUUAACCAGAAGAAAGUUAUCAGCACAACGCAAUCUGAAGAGUCUGUUGGGAUUUCCAGUGGUGUAUCGCUUGAAGGAGAUGAUCACAUUCAUGCAGAGUUUCUUCAACCCACCACUGCAUCAACUCCAAGUGCAAUCGACACUCAAAUGGAAUGGGAACACUUUGCAGUUCAUCGUGAUGAAUAUAAUGAACACGGUAAUACCAAAGUCAUUACUAUUAAGAAUAAGCUCCCACUGAUUUUUGAUCAAUCGCAAACAGCUAGUGAGAUUAGAGCUCUGAUUGCCAGAGAAAUCGAGAAUCGUACACCCAUUGAAUUCAAUAAUCGUAUGUUCAAAAGAGCUACCAUUGGAUCCCAAAUUUUGAUUUUAUCGUCAAGAACAUUCAAGAACUUAUACCGGAAUCCCAGACUAUUAUUGAGUCAUUAUGUUCUUUCAUUAGUGAUGGGAUUAUUUUGUGGGUAUUUAUAUUAUGACGUGAGUAAUGAUAUAAGUGGGUUUCAAAACCGAUUGGGGUUGUUCUUCUUUUUAUUAACCUUAUUUGGAUUCUCGUGUUUGACAGGACUUCAUGCCUUUAGCAGUGAACGGAUUAUCUUUAUUCGUGAACGAGCUAAUAACUAUUAUCAUCCUUCCAGUUACUAUAUCUCCAAGAUUGUAUGUGAUGUUUUACCUUUGCGGGUAUUACCACCAAUUAUUUUACUUAGCAUUGCGUAUCCAUUGGUUGGAUUAACCAUGGAACAUAACGGGUUUUUGAAGGCCACUAUGGUGUUGAUUUUGUUCAAUGUUGCGGUUGCCAUAGAAGUCUUGAUAGUGGGGAUUCUUAUACGUGAACCAGGGACUUCCACGAUGGUUGGAGUGUUGAUACUUUUAUUUUCAUUAUUAUUUGCUGGACUUUUCAUUAAUAGUGAAGAUGUUAAAUCAGAAAUUAAGGUUUUCCAGAUCCUUUCACUUUUCCAUUACGCUUAUGAGUCUCUUACGAUUAACGAGGUUAAAGAUUUAAUCUUGAAAGAGAAGAAAUACGGCUUAUCCAUUGAAGUACCUGGUGCUGUUAUCUUGAGCACCUUUGGGUUUGAUGUUAGCGCCUUCUGGAUUGAUGUGAGUAAAUUGGCGGGUUUUGCAGUUGCCUUCUUAAUCUUGGGCUAUAUCUUUUUACACAAGUUUACCAUUGAAAAGAGAUAG